ACACGGUAAUCGCUGUAUCGUUGAAAAUGGACGACCAACAUAAAUUUUCCGAAAUAUCCCUUCUUAAUAAAAGCUAUAGAAAUCUUCAACAAAUGGCUAAAUCAAUGCAUUUACCGUCUAAUGUUAAGAAAAAAUACCUCAUUGAAUUGAUAAUAGCUAAAAAAUUUAAAAGUUCAAAUGAACUCAAUGAGAUCGUGCAACGCGUUAAACAGGAGAGAAUUCAGCUCUCAAAAGCUAAAAAGGGAAAGAUCAGAAAGAACUCUGUGCAGGGCGCAGAAAUAUCCUCGACCAGCAAUAGCUCUCCACCAAUCUCUUCAACACCGAAACUCUUAAAACGAAGUCCGAAUCGCAAAGCGGUAAUGACUUACAGCAGGGAACAUAAUUCAAUAGACCGCUUCAAAUCCUCACCGUCUAUAAAGACCUUUCAAAGUGACCGAGUGCUACGCAGCUUCAAUAGACCGAAUUACAGGAUUUUCAACAUGAACAACACAGUAAUAGGCAUAAUUAAAGGUGAAAAUGCUAAAGCAACAAGGAUCAAUAUUGUCAGUCAAGAUGGUAGACAUCCAAAGUUCAAUCUUACAGCUGUAUUGAAAGGCACCUCUGAUCCAAGUAUGGAUUCCAAUAGUCAGAUGAUGCCGUUUUAUUCUAAUAUGAGAUCACUGCAACCAGGAAAAAUGAAAAGAGCCAACAGUAUUUCGGUUCUUAGCGGUCAGAGAACACCUCUAUCGCCCACUGUCAAUAUCACGAGCAGAGAUGGUAAAAUGUCAAGAUUAAAUGCACUAGUUCAAAAGUCAUUAACCCAAAAAAGCGAGAAAGGAUAUAGAUACACAGAAAUGUCAUUGGUAAAACGUAGUGAUAACAUGAAAAUCGAACAAUUAUCAUUGAACUGUGAUGAGGUACAGACAGCAGAGAAUUUUUAUGAUAUCGAUGCACUAUUGGAAAAUUCGGCAAGUCAGAGUGAGCUUACAAAUAUUGAGUACUAUCAGAAAAUUACAACGGAAUCAAAAGAUAAUUUCUGUACUGAGAUGCAUAAAGGCUUGCCUCGGAUCACAGAAGUGUUCAGCAAAUUCAAUAGUGAUCAGCAGAAGAAUUUGAUGCAGCCUAUUUACGUGCAAGUCAGUGAGGAUUCGGAAAGAACCACAUCACCGACUUACACAUCCGUAGUGAAUCAAUCGGGCAUAUCUUUAUUGGAGAACCUAUACAAUUUCAAGAACCAAUUCAUAACGAAUCAUCCCCUGAACCCGGUCCACAGUGCCACAGCUAAAACACAAUGCGUGUUCAGUACACCUACAAUAACCACCCCCUCACAGCACCCCACUAUCGCUGGCUACAAAGAGUUUAGCGCUUCUUACGAUCGAGAUAAUGCAUACCAGAAUAUAUUGGAGCCGAGAAUGCAAGAGAGGGACAACGUAACUUCAUUCGCUGGAACGAAUUUUGAUUGUAAUGAGGUUCUUAGUUCGUCUGCGUCGUCUAUUGAAACGCUAAGCUGUCAGGACAUCGGAGCCAAUGCUUCUAUACCCGAAAUGGUGGAGGACGCAUUGGAGCUCAUCAGUCAGGACGGGGAUUACAUGGAGAGGAUUGGUAUGAAUGACAAGAUGUUUUGCUUGCUCUGCUCGUGGGCCGGACCCAAGUUCAUGCUGGAGCAUCACAUUGAGAAGGAGCACUCGUCGGAGAUCCACAAGCGCGAGAGCGGCGAGUGGAACGUGACGUUCACGCUGGGCGGCGUGGCGCGGCGGCGCGCGUGGUCGUGCCGCGUCGUGCGACACCGCGCCGCGCUCUACGUCCUCAGCGCGCGCUACCGGGACCCGGACUGCUUCAUGGCGACCCUGCACACUCUGUCGACAGACGAGACCGCGACGAAGAUUGCUAGAAUGACAAUAUACAACAAGGUGACAGGGGAGCCCUACUCCUGGGAGGGCGCAGUCCCGCAGCUGGGUGAGGGAAUGCCUUACGUUAACGAUACGACCUGCCUAAAGCUUUCGCUCGCCGAAAUGAACUUGUUCCCAAACAGCGCGAACUUGCGACUCAUCAACCGCGAGCUUGUGGUCAAGUCUCCCGCCAAGGUGGUCGUCGGGCAACCGGAGCUAAACGACAUCCACAUUAUAGUGUUCGUCAAAAUCAUGCCUUAGUUCGUUUUGUUGUCGGCGAUUAAUUAGUUGCUCAGUGUUGCCAUGUCACUGAACAGUGCA